AUGGCGCGAGUGCUGGUGGUGGGCGCGGGGUUGACGGGCGGCGCCUGCGCGGCGCUGCUGCGGGGGGCGGCGCUGGACCGCAUCGCCGUCUGGGACAAGGCGCGCGGCGCAGGAGGCCGCAUGAGCACGAGCCGCAGCGCGCGGGACGCCGCCUGUACCGCCGACCUGGGCGCGCAGUACGUCACCCUCGAGCCGGAGCGCGCGGGGCCGCGCCGCAGCUUCUAUGAGGAACUUCUGUCUCAUGGCAUCUUGAAACCUCUGACUGCACCUGUUGAAGGAAUGGUAGUGAAAGAAGGCUCGUGCAACUACGUGGCACCCCAGGGCAUCUCCUCAGUUGUCAAGUAUUAUUUAAAAGAGUCAGGUGCAGAUGUCCUCUAUGAACAGCACGUAACUCACAUCUCUCUCCGAGAUGGGAAAUGGGAAGUCUCCAGGAAAGUGGGACCGCCGGAACAGUUUGAUAUAGUUAUUCUCACAAUGCCUGUUCCACAAAUUCUUCAGCUGCAAGGUGACAUUGUAAACAUAAUUAAUGCAAGUCAAAAGCAGCAACUGGAAUCUGCGAGCUACUCCUCCCGCUACGCUCUGGGACUUUUUUAUGAAGCUGGUACACAGAUUGAUGUCCCCUGGGCUGCGCAGUACAUCACCGAUAAUCCCUGCAUACGCUUCAUCUCCAUCGAUAAUAAGAAACGCAAUAUAGAGUCUCCUGAAAUUGGACCCUCGGUUGUAGUUCACACAACUGUGACGUUUGGAAGCGAGCAGCUGGAUUCAGACCCUGCAGAGGUUCAGCAGUUAAUUCUCAGUCACCUGGAGAGGAUUGUGCCAUCCCUACCUAAACCAGCCAGCAUCAAGUGUCAGAAAUGGAGAUACUCUCAGGUUACAAAAGCUGUGCCCAAUUGUCCGGGACAAAUGAUUGUUCAUACUCAACCUCUCCUGAUUUGUGGAGGCGAUGGAUUUACUCGUUCCAACUUCGAUGGCUGCAUAGAUUCUGCUAUGAGUCUUGCAGAGGCUGUGAAGUCUCAUUUAUAGCAAUUUCGAAGUCGGCUGCUGAACAUAGUCUAGAUUUAUGAUGAAUUUUACUAUGGUGGAUUGAAUUCUGGUUUAGUGUUAACAUCACUGGCCUCCAUCUUGCAAAAAUAAAUAAA